CAUUCAGCCACUGACUUUAAUGUUGCCGUGUGUUUACUACAGUCCUGCUGGAAGAGGGAAACAACACAAAAAAACAACAAAAAACACGGAAAAAACAGGGACUCUUUCCUGUCUUCACAUGCGUACGACCCCGAGCAGCGAGAGCAGAGCUUUCUGAGUUUCAUUGUCGAAAGGAGCGAGCCAUCAGGGACUGCAGUAUGCCCAAGAGAAAGCAACAGGGAGUUGAUGGCGACAUAAAGGAAGAGCCCCAGAGGAGAUCUGCAAGGCUAUCAGCGAAACCUGCUCCUCCAAAGCUGGAACCAAAACCAAAAAAGGCAGCUAAGAAGGAGAAAGUUGUCAACGACAAAAAGGAAGACAAAAAGUCUAAGGGAAAGAAAGGGAAGACAGAUGAUGAAGCCAUGGAGGAGAACCACUCGGAAAAUGGAGACGCAAAAGCUAACAAGGUGGAGGAGACUCCUGAGCAGCCGGAGAAGGAUGAGGCAAAGUCUGAGUAGUAAUGCCUCCCUCACAUCCCUUUCUUCAACAGCCACCGAAAUGUUUCAUAGUUUUCCGGAAACCUCCAUCACUUGUAAACAGAGGAAUAUUUUUAUCAGCGGUUUUAUAAAUAUCGUUACAGGUUUUUAGCACAAUUCCAGGCUAAGCAUUGAGCAACUUGCCGUUUUGCAGUACUCUUGUCAAGUAUCUGCAAAGUAAGCAAAGGCCACACCCCCCUCCUUUUUUAUUUUUAAGAAUUUUUUGUGAUUGUUACUAGAUUGUUGAGCAUAGGAAAUACUACCAGCUGGUUUUUCACCGAGUAUUGUCACAACCCGUGUUUUUGCCCUUCCGGAAGUGUUUUACUUCUGUGGUUAGUUUGUCGUCUGUAUGUGCAGUGUCGUUUCUUGGUUUUGUUUUGAAAUGUUUUGGAUUUAUUCAGGGAGGGGUGUCCCGCAUAAAAUGGUAUGUCUAUAACAGAAUAGCUAAACUGAAGACAUUCCAGCUGUAUAUUUUUUUUUUUUUUGGAUUUUUCCCCUCUUUAAAUAAUGUUAGGAAUUAUGAAU